UAAUGUAAUGUAAUCGCCUUUUAAUGAUUGUACAUGUGUCUUGUAAUUGUUUUUCCUUCCACUAAAAUGAAUGACAAUUCUCCCCCAUUGGCUUCAUGAGUAUUAGUAGUUUUUUAGCAUCUUGUGAUCGGAUUUUCACAGUAAAGUGCUCAAUUAAUGUUAUCCGUUAAAAUUCCAUACUUUGAAAACGAUUAAAUAAAAUAACACCCACAUACUUAUUCGUGUAGUAAAUACAUGUUUUGUUUUGUUUUUCUCGAUAAAGUAGGACUUUUCUUAACGCCCACUACAUUAGUUGAAAUUGUAAUUAGCACUCGCACCUUGGAAAGAUAUGAAUUUAUUAAAAUAUAUUUACAGGAAUGAUUGCUAGAUUGUAAAUUAUCAACGAUUAGAUAGGGUCAACAAAGUUUAUCAUUCAUCACAUCAGCACUAUUCAAGAAGAACAUGAAGAAAUAGCUGGAUGCUAUGUUACUGCUGAUCCUGAGCGGUGUUGUGAUCUAUUCUAUUUCGGUAACAUUAUCCGCUUACUUUUGUGAAAAUGGAUAUCAUCCGUACCAGAUUUCAGGUAUUCUUCUGCCGCACUUACUGACAAUUGUAGAAAAAAAAGAAGAGGAAGACAAAGACAAGAGGAUGUGUCAGAUCUGGAAAUUAUUUCCAUUAUAUGUCAAAAUUCUUUUCAAUAAUACAUCACUGUUUUUUCUAAAUAAUGCGGCAUUAUUUUUUGCCAAAAAAUAUGACAUUUUAAACUUUUCAAGUGCGACAUAUUAAUUUUAAUAA